AAACUGAACUUUGCAAAAUGGCAUUUCUAAAGAAUAAUGUUGAAUGUGCCAGAGGAAAAACUAUUGAGGAAGGAAACAACAUAUAUUCUGUUCUUAGUGAAAAAAAUUCGACCAUGAAGUAUUCUGUUAAUAUGGAUCUUGUUUGUUGUGACUGUCCCAUCGGAAAAGAUGGGAGACUUUGUAAACACCAAGUAGCUAUUGCUAAGUUUAUGGAUGUCUCCAAUAGAAAUAUAAUUCCUUUAAAUGAUCCUAAACAAAAGCAAUAUCUAUAUUAUAUUGCAGCGGGCAAAGAAAUGGACUUGUAAUUUUUUAACUCGUUAAGAACACAUACCAAGCAACACACUAGUUCUGACAAAUCAGUGAUAUGUACCAGUAAAUCAGAUAUAAGGGAUAAUAGUGAUGCUUUAAAUAAUGAAGGUGAUAUAAAUCCCACUUGUAGUACUAUUUUUGGUAAUGAAGAUGAUAUGGAUGUGGAUAUUAAUGAAACUCCUACUCUAGAGAA